UGCUCGCAGGUAUGGCCUCAGAGAGGCGGCGGACGGUGAGGACUGGACGCUGCUUUGGACCGACUGCUCCGUGUCCCUAGAGCGUGUUAAGGACAUGAAGCGUUACCAGAAAAUAAACCAUUUUCCUGGUAUGAACGAGAUCUGCCGUAAAGACUCCCUGGCCAGAAACAUGAAUCGGAUGCUCAAGCUUUUCCCCAAAGACUACAAUAUCUUCCCCAGAACUUGGUGCCUUCCUGCAGAUUACAGUGAUUUCCAAGCUUAUACCAGGGUCAAAAAACACAAGACGUAUAUCUGUAAACCAGACACCGGCUGCCAGGGCAAAGGUAUCUUCAUCACCAAAUCUAGCAAAGACGUUCCACCUGGGGAACACAUGAUCUGCCAGGUUUACGUCACCAAGCCUUUUGUAAUCAAUGGGUUUAAGUUUGACUUGCGUAUUUACGUGCUGGUGACGUCAUGUGAACCGUUCAGCAUCCUCAUGUACAAGGAGGGCCUGGCUCGCUUCUGCACCACGCAGUACAAUGAACCACUACAAAGCAAUUUGGGUGACGUGUGUAUGCAUCUGACCAACUACUCCAUCAACAAAAACAGUGAAAACUUUGUCCGUGAUGAGGACACUGGCAGCAAAAGAAAACUGUCCACCUUGAACAGAUAUUUGGAAUCCAUCAGAUGCAACACAGAGAAAAUGUGGGGCGACAUUGAGGACAUCAUCAUUAAAACACUGAUCUCUGCUCAUCCUGUCCUCAAACAUAAUUAUCACACCUGCUUUCCGAACCACACCAGUGGCAGCGCCUGCUUCGAGAUCCUGGGCUUUGAUGUCCUGCUGGACCAUCGUCUUCGACCCUGGCUCCUGGAGGUGAACCACUCUCCCAGUUUCACCACCGACUCACAGCUGGAUCGUGAGGUGAAGGACGCACUGCUGUACGACACCAUGAAUCUCAUCAACCUGGGCGCAUGUGACCGCCGCAAAAUCAACAAGGAGGAGAGACGGAGGGUGAAAGAGAGGCUGCAGCAGAACCGCACAAGAGAGGCCAGGUCAGAGGAGCUGCGACAGUGCCAUGCAGCCACCGUGGAACAGAUGGAGAGGUAUGAGGCCAAACACCUGGGGGGCUUCAAGAGGAUUUAUCCAAGGGAUGGAGGCGAGAAAUACGACAAGUACUUCACACACAGCAAAUCGUUGUUCCAGGAGACGGCAGCGUCCAAGGCCAGAGAGGAGUGUGUCAGGCAUCAGCUGCAGGAGCUCCACCUCAAGCAGGAGCAGAAGGAGAAGGAGCAAAAGGGGAGUCAGAGGAGAGAGUUGCAGGGAGAGACAGCAGGGGAGAAAGUCAAACUCCGACCCCGAGCAUCACGUCAAAAGGAGCAACAUCAACAACAACAGGAGCAGCAACAGCAGCAUUGGCGACGGCAUCAUCCGCUGAUCCCACUAUACUGUGACCAACAAGCGCCCCCUCUGUCUGGCCCGUCGGAGGAGCCUGAAGUUGCACAAGUAUGUGAGGAGGAGGAGGAUGAGGACAAGAGAGAGGAGGAGGACCAGGAAGAAGCAGGAAAAUUAGAGGAGCAGGAGAGAGUCCAUCUACUUCUCCAGAGGAAGAAACUACUGCAAGAUCUGGGGGUGGUGGAGCAGAUCCAGCAGCUGCUGCAAGGCCAAAGCCAGGGAGGGGGAGUCCUGGAGGAGUCCUGCAGCCAUCAGCAGAGACAACAGCAGAGCAAGCUGGAUCCUCUGACACAGUUUUCACACGGACUGCGACUACAGCAGCAGCAGCAGCAGCAGCACCAACACCCCUCCACACAGAUCUCACACCAGAUUCAACAACAGCAGCACAUCCUCUCCCACAUGAGUCAGCAGUGGCUGCUCCGGCCCACCCUGGACCAGAGGGGUGUGAAAGACUGCAGCUGCCUGAGGUACGAGGCUGGGAGUCAGAGCAGCAGAGCGGCCGAGGUUCACAGAACCAUCAGUGCUCACAGACCUCACUGGUCAGUCAGCAGCUCCCUGGCUCUCAGACAGGACGGCAGGAGAAGCUCCUACUCCAUCAGCAAGUCCCGUCCUGGAGUUACAGCCCACGUCCCUGACCGAGGUCUACGCUGCUCCUACAUGUCCCACGACCCCGCUGCCCUGCAGAGUCUGUUUGUGGUCUCUACCCGGGUCCCUCUGAUCAGGAGGCCUGGUUUCUCUCACUUCUCUCGGAGGGGCCCCCAGCUGAGUAAAGGCCCCUGAGGAGACCUUCAGACACCCAGAGCUGGAGUGUGAUCCUGCAGGGAGAAAUGGGUGUUUAUGUCUGGUUUAUAAAUCCAGACACUUGAAUUUUAUGUUGCUCAUCUCUUCAGAAAAGCAGCACUGUGUAUACAUAUAUAUAUAUAUAUAUACAUAUAUGUAUAUAUAAGUAUACAUAUAUGUAUGUAUAUAUGUAUGUAUAUGUUAACUCUAGUUUACUGAGGAUAAAUGAUGUCAGACACGAACCUUACAUUUAGUGCCAAAAUAACACAGGCCUCAUUGAACACAGUUUAAUCCAGUUUUAGCCAUUUUAUCUGAAAAAUAAAUCAGAAUCUCAAGGAUUAACAUUAAAAAGUUUAUAUUACCUCAAAUUAAUUGAUAUUAGGUCUGAAGGUCUGACAAGACCACUUAGAAUAUAUAUAUAAAUAUUAACUACAACUUAAAAAGACCUUUCAUUCAUUUUACCUCAGGGGCUUUUGUGCUGACGAGUAUUAAAAAAAACACUUUUGCACUAUCUUUUUGAAAAACAAGUCAAGGGAUUUUAUUUUUUAUAUUCUGUACCAUUUAUGGAGUUCUUAUUUGAAUAGAAAAACGAAUUAUCUAGUUUUUUUGUUUAAUUCUUUUUUAUUUUAUUUGGAUCUGUAAAUAGUCUUAAUGGUGAUUCUGCCUCCUGAGAGUUUCGGGUAGAGGCCAUAAAGUGUUACUGCGU